AUGUGUCUCUUCCGGGCAGGGACUGUGUCCACACUAACAAGCCUUGAGUGCAGCUUCAGCCCCUCCUCAAAUAGACGAUGUGAUGGAGCCCCCGACACAGGUCAGGAGCGAGUUCUGUGUGUCCUGAGGAGGAACUCUAGCAGCCUCACUGACCUUACCUCUCUCUCCACCCUGGUCUUUCAGGACCAUCACCUGUCACAGGAGAUGAGUUCUUUCUGGCAGGAGGUAUUCCUGCUGGCAGCCGGCUCCCAGAAGCUGAGGAGGGGUAGGAGAAGGCGUGGAGACAGGGGACUUUCUUAG